AUGGCACCUUACGAGACAUUAUAUGGUUAUAGGUGUCGUACUUCUUCAUGUUGGACUGAGUUGAGUGAGUGGCGUGUUCUGGAUCCGGAGCUAGUAUCUACUAUCGAGGAUAAGGUCAGAUUGAUUCGGGAUCGACAAAAGGCAGCAUCAGACAAACAAAAGUAUUAUGCAGAUCUAAAGUGGAAGGAGAUCGAGUUUUCAAUGGGGGACUUGGUGUUUCUCAAGGUCCUGCCAUGGAAGAAGACUAAUGAGGUUGAGUUUAGGCCAGAUCUGACCUUGGAGGAGGAGCCAGUUCAGAUUAUAGACCGUGCUGUAAAAGUUCUGAGGGGAAAGACUGUGCCACUGGUUAAGGGUGUGAUAUAUGAUAUUGGAGGAAGUGUACUGAAAGGCUAUAAGCCUAUACUGGCAGGUAACCCUUAG